GUUUUUCUACAUUUGGUGAGGAUUUCUAUUUUUUUUAAUAUGUGGUGUAGCAGAAAGAUUAUUCUUCUUUAGGUGACAAGGUUGACACAAACUAAAGCAUAUCACGAUGCACUGUUAGGUUUGACUCGAUCAUUCGGACGGAGACUAUAAACCAAAAGCCACUCAAUUAUUUAGCAUUGUCACAACGCACCAUUAAUCUCAAGCACCAAAAGAAAACACUCCAAUGGCGCCUCCGUCACAAGAAUUGGGAAACACUCCACGAGCUGUUAAUGAUGAAAAGAAUCAAGAAGAAGAGAACUUCGCAUACGCAGCACAGCUUGUGAACUCAACUGUGCUCUCCAUGUCCUUGCAAUCCGCCAUUGAGCUUGGAGUUUUCGAUAUCAUAGCCAAAGCUGGCGAUGCAGCUAAGCUCUCUGCGCCGGAGAUCGUGGCGCAGAUGCCGACCAGCAACACUGAUGCGCCUAGAAUGCUAGACCGCAUCCUCAGAAUGCUGGCUAGCCACUCUGUCCUUACAUGCUCUCUGGAGACCGAUGAUCUAAGGGUCUACAGUCUCAAUGAUGUGUCCAAGUACUUUGUCACUAAUGAAGAUGGUGUUUCAUUGGGUCCCUUGAUGUCUUUGUUGCAAGAUAAGGUCUUCUUGGAUAGCUGGUCCCAGCUGAAAGAUGCAAUUCUUGAAGGAGGAAUACCCUUUAACAGGGUCCAUGGAAUGCAUGCUUUUGAGUAUCCAAGCUUGGACCAAAAAUUCAAUCAGGUCUUUAACAAAGCAAUGUACAACCAAACUACUUUGGUUAUCAAGAAGAUCCUAGAGGUUUACAAGGGUUUUGAGAAUCUUGGGAAAGUAGUAGAUGUUGGGGGUGGUUUAGGAGUGACCCUAAACCAGAUCACUUCCAAAUACCCUCAUGUUAAGGGUAUCAAUUUUGACUUGCCUCAUGUUGUAGAACAUGCUCCCUCACAUCCAGGGGUUGAACAUGUGGGUGGAGAUAUGUUUGAAAGUGUUCCAAAUGGGGAUGCCAUUUUUAUGAAGUGGAUACUUCAUGACUGGAGUGAUGAACACUGCUUGAAACUUUUGAAGAAUUGUUACAAAGCUAUUCCAGACAAUGGAAAGGUUAUAGUUAUGGAGGCCAUUCUUCCAACUGUGCCAGAGACUAGUUCUGCUGAUAGAUGCAUCUCCCAAAUGGAUGUGCUUAUGAUGACUCAAAAUCCAGGAGGGAAAGAGCGCAGCCAAAAAGAGUUCUUAGCCUUGGCAACUGCUGCGGGAUUCGGCGGAAUAAGAUUUGAAUGUUUUGUUUGCAACUUUAUGAUCAUGGAGUUCUACAAGUAGAUUAGUAUUUUAGUUUCUUAUAAACUAUGAAGGUGUAUUCACUGUUGUUGCAUAUGUUCAAAUUUUAUUUUCUUUCUUUAGUAGAUGUACUAGCAAACUGAAUAAACUCCAGAGAGUAAAAUAAAUAUAUUUCUUCUUGUA